CUAAUAACUAUUAAAAUUUCAAUGCGUCGUCAUUUUUUUUUCAUUGAAAGUUUCAUACGACCUUGAAUUUUUGACAAAGAUCUUACGGUUCAUACGACCUCGAGAAAAAUCGGUUGAUUCUUUUAAGUCUCAAUAAAAAUUAGUGUAAUCUGUAUCCGACGAAUUGGUGGUUACAAAGUUCCUCAAUUCCAUCGUGUUCCGGUUGACGGGCAAAGGGUUCUCAGGCAGCUUCAUUAUUGUCUGCCAAUUGCGUGUCGAAGAGGUGGAGUGACCAGAUAGGUAGGCGUACACCAGGAACCUCCGAGAGCGACCAAUGAAACCUCCUUUCACGACGUUUUACAUUAUGUAUUCUUUAUGUUGCUAAGUCGCUAUAUCUAUCGGUGCUCCGCCCUUACGUCCGCGGUCUAUAUGUAUACUUUGCCGUUGUACAAUAUAUACAUAAGUACUUACUUGUAGUGUAUAACGCGAAAAAAGACCUUCUCGUAUAUUUAUAAUGGCACUUUCGCACUGACUACAUUGUUGCGUGAUGUCCAGAUCUGCAUUGCCGCUUCAUAGAUAAUCUUUUAUUUUUGCCGAAGAGAUUUGCCGAAAGUUUUUUGUACCGCAAUAGUAUUAAAUAGUAACUUGCGGAAAGAAAUUGUCUCAAUCAAGCAUACAGCUGAAGGAGACCGUCUGAAUAUCACUUCUGUUUUUCUUUCUUUUAUGUUAUGGAGAACGGUAGCGUUGAAAAGAAGAAACAUCAAAGACCAAGCUGUUACGUUUGAGUAUACAGCUACACGAUACAAUAGAACACAGGACACAUGUUUUACACAAAAAAUGCCACUGGGCUCGAAAUGAAAGACCAGAACUAAUUGCAGUGUGAUAUGUUAACCGAAGACAAUGAUCCGACAAAACCAGCAGGCGUUUUAGACAAUCCUGGCAACGUGUCUUCGUCGUCAGAAGCCUCGUUGCAACAUCCUCGCUCUGCGAACAAUGAAACGGAAGUCAAGAACGAGGUGCAAGACUGCCCGGAAAACGACAGCGUACCCAGCGGAGAAUUGUACAUCGAUGAGAAUGCCGAGGAAAAGGAGCAGGAAUAUCCGGAUUCCAUGGAGAAGGCGGACUACGGUUCAUUGUACGGAGCCAAUCAAUAUUAUAACAGUUUGUACAAUUCGCCUCCCUACGGGGCGACCACAGCCGGGAAGAACUCCUCGGGACUGCAGAGCUCUUAUCUGACCCCGUACACAACGCCCAGCUCAAUGACACAAUAUUCAUCCUAUGCCACGUACAACAGCGGAACCACGAAUUUUCCAAACGUAGCGCAAAAUAUAUCGCCGUCGUCUCAGGUAUUGAAAAACAAAUUAGACUACAGCGCCUACAGUAGCAGCUUGUACGGAAAUGACAGGGUACCGUUACAGUAUUCCGGAUAUUACCCCAUGCACGGCUACCAUGCUACACCCGCCUCGUUUAACAUUGGAAAUCUAAAUUUCGCUGAUUCGACAAAGUCUGCGCUUACGUUGGACGCAACAACUCACGAUGCCAGCGAUCUUACCGCACGAGAAACCGCAAACAUCGAAGGUAACACGAUUCGAGCGACGGCGAAACCCUGCAGACGCGGAAGGCGUCAGAGCGGAAGUGGAAACAGUAUAGGGUCUGCGGAUACGACAGAAGCCGGCCCCGACCGGAUAUUCAUCUGGGACUUAGACGAAACCAUAAUCGUGUUCCAUUCGUUGCUCAACGGAAUAUUCGCGACGAAGCACCGUAAGGAUACCGCCCUUCUCGCCCAAGUCGCAUACAGGAUGGAGGAAAUGAUAUUCAACUUGGCGGAUACUCAUUUCUUUUUCAAUGAUAUUGAGGAUUGUGAUCAAGUGCACAUCGACGAUGUGUCAUCGGACGAUAACGGGCAGGACUUAUCCUCUUACAAUUUUGCCAAUGACGGUUUCCAAUGUGCAUCCGCAAACAACGGUAUAUGCUUAGCCUCCGGCGUUAGGGGCGGCGUCGAUUGGAUGCGAAAGUUAGCCUUCCGUUAUCGAAAGAUCAAGGAGAUCUACAAUAAUUACCGAAACAAUGUUGGCGGCCUAUUGGGCGCUGCGAAACAAGAACAAUGGCUGCAACUCCGUUCGGAAAUUGAGGCGUUGACCGACAACUGGUUGACAUCCGCUGUCAAGUGUUUAAGUCUGAUAAACAAAAGGAGCAACUGCAUUAACAUUCUGGUCACUACCACGCAGCUGGUGCCAACCCUAUCGAAAGUACUGCUCUUCGGCAUCGGUGGAAUGUUUCCGAUUGAAAAUAUUUAUUCGGCCUCGAAAAUCGGAAAGGAAAGUUGUUUUGGAAGGGUGGUCGCGCGAUUCGGUCGGAGGUGUACGUACGUAGUGAUCGGCGAUGAUUCCGACGAGGAGACAGCGGCGCGUGCCCACGAUUUCCCCUUCUGGAGGAUAAACAGUCACUUGGACACGCAAUUGUUGUACAGCGCCUUAGAAAUGGGAUAUCUUUAAACGGUACGCGCUUACGAAUAACAUGGGAUUAAAAAACCGAAUAGUUUGAGGAAGUAUGUUUUUAUUUAGUUGUACGAAGACUUAUGAGAUAUUUCUAUAUUCUUUACUGUAUCGAUAACGAAAGUGAAAAGAAAGACAAUUCUGUCGA